CGUUAUAAAUUAUCGCUGAAAAGGUUAUAUAAAGGUGGGGGUAGUCGCUAGUAUUCAUUUUAAGAUAUGGAGACGGCGAAAAUGUGUAGAGGAUUGGUGAUGCUCAGCGUAAUGGUGGCUGUAGCCGUACUUUGCAGCCACCGGCUGGCUAUGGCAGAAGAGGUGGCCGAGCAGUUUGACAGUGAGCUUGCGCAACGUGGACGAUGGGAUGCUAGUUGCAGGAAGUUCGUGCCUUGUGUGCAGAACCCAAGUAGCAGCUGCAUAACCGAAUGCUGCGACUCAUUCAACUUCUGGGCUCCCCUUCCACAAAAAUGCAGCUGCUGGCGUACUGCCCGAAACACUAAUAGAGAAGCUUUAUAUGCUCUUCAAAAUUAUUGUGGCUUCCAGCCGCCUACACUUUGUCCACAUUUGCAACUGCAAGAGGUGGCGGAAACUAGGGAGGCCAUAGACAGCAAGAGCAGUAGCAACCAGCAGGCGGCUACUUGUUGUGCUAAAGAUAAAGAAAAGAUAAAGAGUUGCAUGUUUAACACAGCUUCCAUUGACCAAUGUUGCCCAACAUUCAAGAUAAUGCUUGGCCGUAAUUGCGACUGCUACAAUUACGCCAAGAAUUUAGACAAUCAAGCUCUCAUCACACUUGAGAGCUACUGUGAUGUCACCGAUCCAUGCAAUAAAGCUCAAUUUCAGGUGAUGUAGGAUUCUGAGAAAGGGAUGGAAGUAAUCUAAAAAAUGUUUAGUUCUAUUGUAUGAUGAACUACUGGUCCUCUAUGUAGCAAAGUUUCGUUAUGUUUAGAGCCCUAUGAUGUAGAACAUAGUUGUUUCACCAUAAGCGAUAGCAAUAAACUUCGGUCUAUCUGCAUCUCUUUAUUCAGAUAGAUGAUCUUCUCCAGCUCUUCUUUUCUGAUCUACAUUAUAAAGAUGAGCUAGACCACCUUUAACAUA